UGGGCUUAUUCGUGUAUCAGUUACGUGACCGAGUGCUGUUGUAUCUAAACUACCCUACCAGUACCGACAUAGACGUACAGCAUUUAGAGAGUCUUCAUUUCCCAAACGUAACAAUCUGUAACCUUAACAAGUUCCGACUAACAAUAACAGAGGAGAAGGGUUUGUUUGCGGACAUCCACUCAGCGCUUCACGAUGAUAUCUCCUUCACCCAUGACAAGGUCAAUCUGUUCCGAAACUCAAUCGGCGAAUCAGAAAUAUAUAGACUUCUUAAACCAAGUUUCUCACGACAAAGCAUCCUUCAUACACAGCUGUACGUUAAAUAACGAACCCUGCGAAUUAUCUGAUUUCCAAAGUGUCCACACAGAUUUAGGAAGAUGUUUUACAUUCAACCCAAAAACAUCCAGGAGAAAGACCCUCAAAGCUGAUUCGACGCUUGGUUUAUCUCUGGUGUUUAACGUGGAGCAGUACGAGUACCUAUUGGGUCCCCGCUCAGCUGUGGGUGUUCGUGUAGCGGUGCACGAACCUGGCCAAGCUCCCAUCAUGGCCCAAGAUGGCGUCAACGCAGCUGUCGGAACCCAUACAUCAAUCGGACUUAAAAAGAUGCUGCACGUUAAUCUGCCCCCACCGUAUGGGACGUGCUCCCCAAACCGAAGGCAUCGGAACCAGAGGGACCUGUGUCUGAAAGACUGUGAGGCUCGCCACAUCAUGGAGCACUGCAACUGUACAAUGACGUCAGAUGUCGGCGGAUGUACGGUUCGGGACUACUUCUCCUGCGUUCUGCCUAUACAAGAAGGCUACAGUUAUUCUAAUCCUGCCUCCUACAAUAUAUCCUUCCAAUCCUGCGGCUGCUACCAAGAAUGCGAAAAGACAAGCUACGCCAUGGACGUCUCUAACGCUGCGACGUCAGUAUACGCCGCUGAGAGCUUUGUGCGGACGUUGCCGGAUGUUGUAGCACUGCAGCACGGGUUUGAGCGCGCGCGAGACAAGUACCACCGUGUUGACGACACCAUAUACUCCUAUGACGAUGACACUUUGAGGGCAAUCAGCGAAGGGUUUAACGAAAGUAUGUCUAACAUCAGCGAAUUUUUCUACGACAUGACUUCGUACAAGGCAGAAUACAAAAAACAGCUGACAACUUUACAUGAAGCGGUUAAGCUUUUGAACGGAACGGUACGAAUGAAAUAUGAUAACUUUAAGCAGAAGUCACAUGUGGCGUUCUACUCGCUGGACAAUACGUUGAAAACCACAAUGAUGGAAAUCGUGGCAAAAGCACAGUUAAGAGAAGACUUUCCGUACAUGUCUGCAGAAAAAGUGAAUGAUACCCUUCAAGACAUAGACAAAAAGUUAGCCCUUCUCGUCGUGUCCAAAGACCACGGGUUUUGGGUGAAGAAGUCCAUCCUGAGUGAAAUGACGGACGGCAUAGAAAAGUUCCGCGAUGACCUGUUGCUAGGAUACGGUCAAAUGUACAGUGAAUUCAAAGAGACGCGUGAAUUCUACGACAACCUGACGAACACUAUUCUAAGGACAGCGCGUCUGCUGACAGCGAAGUUGAAAGAAAACUACGACCGUGUGAAAGAACUGACGCGUUUAUCGGACCUGAAGGAUCAGAAAGUGGUCAACACUUUGGAGGAGGUUUCAAAUGAAAUUAACACUGCGGCUGACGUUACGCUAGAGGAACUCGUCCUUGAUCUUGAUAGGUUAUUCAAAAUGUACACUAUUCAAAAAGAUCAGAUUUUAAAUCUAGUGGAUAAGCUAGUUGACAUUGGUGGAUACUUCAACUCGACGGUUGGCAGAAUCCAAGAUUUGCUGUCAUCCCUUGGCACCCUCGUCGCGUCACUGAGGGGUAAAAUACAAGCGCUGAAGCAAGAAAUCGUCACAUUGAGACAGGAAUACAAGGAGAAGAAGAUUGAAAAAUCGGAGCUGGCCAGAAGUUUUAACAAAGAGACCCUCAGUGGGCUUAUUGAAGCUACGAAGAGCUUUCUGAGGAACGUCGUCCUGAAGGUGGAAGAGAUCCGCGAACGCGGAGUGUUUGUGGCGCGCUCCGUCAAACCGCUCGAGGAGAGAAUCAGCGAUUUUGACCUGAUGCCCAGAGACAAAGUCAAAGCCUUGGUGAAGUGGUUAAACUUUCCAACCAUCAAAUCCGAGUCUGAACUACUACGGACAACCUUAGAGAGGACGAACACGAGAAUCUCCGAUUAUUGUGAAGAGCUAGAAGAAUAUACAAGAAACAACCGAAUAGACGGAGAAUUUUACCAAAACAACUUUCUACAGCUGGAACUAUUUUUCCAAGAAAUCAGCGAAACUAAAGUGAUACAGCAAGUUUCUUAUGGCAUUUUUGCACUAGCAUGUGAUGUUGGUGGGUUGUCGGCCUUGUUCAUCGGCGCCAGCAUACUCACGCUUUUCGAGAUCGUUGAUCUGCUGUUUGGGAUGGCCUGUAAACCAAGUGAGAAGCCGGUGAAACAACCUAAGCUGGAGGGAGUGCGUCCAGAUUACACUGAUGUGAGGGGAAUGGGCAAAGGAACACAAGGCCGCACAUGCGCGCAAGCCUCUGCAUGAAGAUAUGUCUACUUGUACUAAGAUAAAUAUUGGUCACCCUUACAAAGCUUAGAUACAGUCCGUGACGUGAGUCUUCAGCCAAGAUGGUCUUAGCCAAUACCGUGAUUAAGGGGGCGCAACUUUUCCAACAGGACACAAUAGUGGAGUUAUUUCCCUUGAUUGACUCCACGCAGCUUUCUCUAGUGGAUGUUAAGAGCUUCAAUCAGUGAUUGUAACUGAAUCAAUAAUCUGAAGAAUAAAGUUGUUUAAAACCAAAAGAAAAGAAAGAAAAUCUUUCUGCAAAGUAGCUGAAAGAUUCAUCAUCGUCUCAAAGUUAACAAGUUGUGAUUGUUGGAAAACAGCGAAUGGCAUGACCUGUAACAUCACGAACACAACAUACAGCCAGUCACAGCUGCUGUAUUUCUAAUGUGGAGAAAAAAAGAACACCUGAUUGCCCUCCGGUGAUGAGUGUACAUGUAUAUGACGGAUGUUUGAAUGGAUGUGAAACUGACCCUUUCUUAGUGCUACUGGAGUCUUACAUAACGUGUGUAAUGUGUGGCUUGGUUGCCUGGUUUCUGCUGAAUAACUGGUCGCGGAACUGUAACGAACUGUGGCCUGUAACCGCGGAAGAAUACACAUAAAGUCCCAGACUACAUUGGGAACUACUGGGAAAAAAUAUCAAAUCAGACUGACUUGUACAUAAAUAUGUUAAUAGCUUCAUAUACAUUAUGUACCAGAUAUUGACGUGUCAAACAGAUGUGCUUUUUUCGAGCUUGACUGAUAAUAUGUGGACACUGUAAAUAUUGAAGAGAAAACGCCUUUUUCCAUGGUACUGUAUAAUACUUGGUGAAUUCGUCCCAACUUAUUUUCCUGUCAGUUAGAAGAGUGUUAACUAUUUUUUCUGGAUUUCGCGUGAUGCUUUAAUUUGUGCGUUGAAGAGACAAUGCUUUAUGAAGCUUUAUAUGCAUUUCAAGCUGAAUGGUUCGAGUACAGCCAACAUGGUUAAUGAAAGCUUACAGCCCAAAUACCGUAUAUAGCAUCUUACAUAGGUGGUUUGCUUGUGCGUAAUUAUAAAUCUUCAGCUCGCGCUUGUGACGUCACUUAUUCUGGACGAUCCAGCUAGGUUAGAUUUGGCUGAGAUGAAAUUGUACUAGUGGGCUGAUGUAUAGUUUGUGCGAUGUAUACAGCACUGCAAACCGCUGUUCUGGGAGUUUUUCUCAUCGUCUGAACUUCCUAUCUUCCAUAUGACUUAUGGAUUGAACGAUUAUGACGUUAGCACAAAUAUAAGAUCUCUAAACGCCGUGAUCACGCGUAAUAUGAAGGAUUGACUGAUUUAUUAUUCGAUACUUUAGGGCAUUGCUGCAAUGACCCUGGCCUUGGAUGCUUAGACAACCAUUCCAGACUCUGUGUCUAUGUACCUUUCCCACGGUGCAGGAUUCUUUUAAGCAUAUCAAGGAGUCUUCACGGAAAAUACAUUCCCCUGGAAAUUGUCACGGAGUUUGCGUAUCUCUUUCACAUUUACAUGAUAAUUUUGUUUGUAUGCAUUAUAUAAUUGUAUAUGGAUAUAAUCUGCCAUUGAUUCACUGUACAGAUAACUGAUGCAUUCUGGUGUAGAGGAGGAUGACAGCCCCAAGUCUUCAAUAAAAACAAUAACUAAAUCUGACAACUGGAUUCGUUUGUAUUAAAGAGUUUUCCCGAAAAUACAGGACUAAAACCAGUAAUGAAUACAUAC